AUGGUCCACAAACUCUUUGAGUCCCUCCAUUUGACAGCCUUUAAAGAAUGGAUACAAAGACACGAGUAUCCGUGUUAUGAGUUCUUCCCACAUCUUCCAGAGGAAGUAUUGAAAGCAAGAGUCAAAUCUGGAAGAUAUAUCCAGGGAUAUCUACACGUAAACAGAUGCAAAUCGUAUGAAGCUUUUGUGCGCCACCAGGGACUUGACAACAAAGAUUUAGAUUUCGAUUCGGAUAUCAUCAUUCUGUGGAGUACAGCCAGGAACCGCGCAUUCCAUGGAGAUAAGGUAGCGGUAGAGCUGUUUCCUAAAGAUAAGUGGAUAAUCAGGAGCGGAAGAAGAUGGAUAGUCAAAGAAAGAGAGCCCAUGCCAACAGGUUUUGUGGUGGGCAUUCUUGAGAAGAAGCGGCGCGACUUCGUAGCUACGGUCACAUCGUGUAUAAGACAUGCCUCUCGAGACAGCGACGACGAAACCAAACUUAUCGCUCUACCGACUUGGGAUUACAGGAUCCCAAAAGUUUUGGUAACGGCCAAAGAAGUAAAACUCUAUAAGUCUCACAGGGUGUUGGUACACAUCGACAGCUGGCCCUCAAAGAGCGUCUAUGCAGAAGGACAUGUGGUGCAUGACCUCGGACAAGCCAGAGACCUGGAUGCAACCAUCAGAGUCAUUAUGGCAGAAAAUAACAUUUUCGAGCUACCUUCCUCGGAAGCUGAGAUGAGUGAGUUACCAGUCAGCUCUCCAGAGGACCCUUGGCGGGUAAGCCCAACAGAGGAAAAAGAGAGGAGAGACCUACGAAGCCAACUGGUGUUCACCAUCGACUCGGAGGGCUGCGAGGACUUGGAGGAUGCCCUAUCCUUGCGCAUCCUGGACAACGGCCACCUAGAACUCGGCAUCCACACUGCUGACGUCAGCUACUUCGUGGUACCAGACUCCUGCCUGGAUAAUGAAGCCAGGAGAAGGGCCAACACUUUAUUUCUGCCCCAUAAGCGUUACGAUAUGAUCCCCGCUGUCCUCAGUACGGACUUAUGCUCCCUCCGAGAAGGCGCCGACAGAUAUGCUGUAAGCGUCAUAUGGGAGUUGGAGGGGACCUCUUAUGACUUCAAGAACGUGUGGUAUGGAAGAACCAUCAUCCGUUCGGCCUAUAACCUGACCUACAGAGUGGCCCAGGAUCUCCUGGACGAGAACUUGAGUGCCGCCGAGGCCAUCUUCGUCGACAAAGACCUAGACAAGAAGAGCAAAGAAACCAAGCUGAAGGAGUUAACAUGGGCUCUCCAAAAGCUGAGGGUCCUAGCUAACCACUUCAGGGACCAGCGAUCCAGCCAAGGGGCCCUGAAUUUGAAAUACUUGGACGUUGCCUUGAAACUAGACGAAAACAACAAAGUCGUCAACAUCAGCCCCGCGCUAAGGCUGGAUGCCCACGACAUGGUGUACGAGUUGAUGAUCCUGGCCAAUCACUGGGUGGCCAAGAGGAUCUACGAGGAGUUUCCUCAUCAGUCUCUGCUGCGCCGUCAUCCUCCUCCUCGACAGAAGUUAUUUCAAGAUCUCUUGUCGUGCACCAAAGCACUGGGCUGUGACAUAGAUACGCGGUCCAACAAGACACUGAAGGACUCUCUUGAAAAGGUAAGGGGCCCCAACCGCCCCUACUUCAAGACACUGCUGCAUCACCUCGCCGGGCAAGCCAUGGGCAGCACACUGUAUUUCUCCACCGGAUCCUGUUCAGAGCAGGAGUUCUAUCAUUACGGUCUCGCUUUAGAUAAAUACACCCAUUUUACAUCUCCGAUAAGGAGAUAUGCAGAUAUUGUAGUACACCGGUUAUUGAUGGCAGCUCUUACCAAGGAAAAGAAAACGGAAACGGAGGACAAUUUAAGCAACGAAGAUCUCCAACAACUAUGUGAAUACCUGAAUGAGAAAAGACAAAUUCUGUGUUGA